AUGCCGUUGCAAAGGAAUAAUCAAACAAUUCAUAAGAAAGUUGACACCUGGGUUGUCAAUAAUGUAGAUAAGUACAACUUUAUCGAUGAUUCAAAAGAGGAUAGUCUUUUGGUUCAUGAGAUUCAUUCUGGAUUCGAUGGUAAAGAUAAGGGGAUUGUCAAGUUAAUAUUUUGCCAUAAUACCCAAGCUUUUAUGAGAAGCUGUGCUUUUUUUGAACAAGUUAAUGAAGAUGAUAUUAAGCAUCACGUAGUUGUCACUAUGUACAUUCUUACUGCUGAAAAUUAUUAUCAGCCAAUCGGACAACAAGUUUAUCGAACUGACACAAGGAUGAUGAAAUUACGCCAAUACCAUACGGUUUUGAUGAACGAAGAGAAAGUAAAAGCUUGGCCAGUAGAAUUUACAAGGGCACCGUUAGAACAAUUACAUGAGAAGGAGGUGCCAUUUCCAAUCCGUAAACAACCCAAAAUAAUAAUUAAUAACACAAUUACACUGCGAAUUGAACUUUUAACUUAUUUGGAUUCUGAGCCCAUGUGUCCAUUAAACUCAUUAUUUGGAUUCACGGCAGAUGUUCAGCAACCAGAGUGGAUUUUACAAUUAUAUGAAAAUAGAAAUGUUAGCGGCGAUUUAACAAUUAAGAUACAAGAUAAUGAAUUUCGAGCCCACAAACAAGUGUUAGAUCAACGAGGCUUUGCAUUAAAUAAUGCAACUACCGAGGAAAAUAAUAUUUUUAUUUUUUCGGACAUAAGUCCCGAGAUAUUUGGUAUGCUAUUGGAAUUUGUUUACACCGGCGCUAUCAAGGAAUUGGAUGACUUUGCUGAACCUUUAUUAGAAGCUGCAGACCGAUUCGAGCUUAAGGAUCUCAAGUCUUCAUGUGAAAAGUCAUUAGCAGAAAAUUAUGUCGAUUAUAAUAAUUUCGCCGAUGCUUACGUUUUAGCUAAACGCUGUAAUGCUCCUGAGUUAUUGAGUUAUGCUGGAUCUAUAGAAUUUGUGCUUUCUCAUGGACUAGACUCUGAAAGAUGGUCUAAAAAUAAUCCGCCAACUACUGAACAAUUGGAAAAAUAUUUAUUGCCAAUGAAUAAAAUACGGGAAGCAGAAGGAACUUGCUCUGCUCUGAUGCGUAGAGCACAAUUUUCUGAUUCUCUACGUAGGUUAGCCAAUAAGUUUAAUGUCUUUUCUACAAAUGGUACAACGCCUAACCCACUAAAAAUCCCAGUGAUUGAUAUGGAUCAUCCGUGCUGCCGAGGAUGUAAUGCGAAGAUUGUAGGUGAAACAGUGCCUUGUCCUCAGUGUAGUGCCAAAUAUCAUCCAAACUGCGCUCUUCUUACCGGAACUAACUCUUCAGGUGCCUUCACUCGCUGCUGUUCUCGCCGUAGACCUGCUUCACCUCUACCCUCUUCAAUUGAAGCGCUGAAGGAAUCAAUCAUUGAAGAGUUAAAAAAUUCCCUUCAGGACAUUAUUGUUACGUCUGUUAAUACAGCUAUUGGUCCCAUCAUUCAAAGUGCUAUGCAACAGCAGAUUAGCACACUUACAAGGAAUCUUGAAGACACUUUUAAUAAACAACUGAGCAGUGCUUUUAAUGAACAGGUUGACGCCAAGUUGAAUGAAGUACACAACUCAAUAGCUGCUACUGCAAGUGUACUUGGCCAACGUGGAGAUGAAAUUGAAACUAGGUUGGCUAAUCUUGAUCAAGACACGGCAAGAAUUGAUAAUAGGUGUGAUAACCUUAAAAAAGACCUUAAGAUAGCCAAAUUAUCACCCUCCAUAUCUUCUCGGAGUGAUGAGCCCUUACUUGACGAAAUUGAAGAUGGAGAUAAACGUAAAAAAAUAUAA